AGGAGGUAAUAGACACAAACGUCAGCUCACCGUGUCCGGAGGAAAGCAGCGGUUUCUGACACUGGCCGCCGGCUCUCAGCACCUGGCAGAGCUCGCAGUGCUGGAGAUAAAGUAUCCAGUGCCAGGGCUCGGAGAGAGAGCGGCUCUGAAACACUGUGACAUACAGACCCUGCCUCUGGAAGUGCGGCUGCGUGUGGAGCUGAUAGAGUGAAGGGGAGCGCUAUGGAGGCCACAGGGGACCAGGAGGGAGGGAACAGUGAAGACUUAACAGGAAAGAAAAAGCCUAAGCUGCACAUAUUAAAGUCGAGACUGUUUGGGAAGGCGAAGAGGAAGGGUAAUGAAGGACUGAUGAAGCAGAGUCAGUCAGCCAGUGACAUCAGGGAAGGCAUGCGGGACCUAGAAGACGACUCUCACUGUUCCCAAAGCAUGAUGGGAUCCAGGGCAUUGUCACAUGAUAGUAUCUUUCUGGCAGAUGAGUGUCAGUCUGACCCUGAGCCAUCAAGAGUUCUCUCUCAGGAGAAUAUCCAUGGGAAAAUCAGAGCAUUGCAGAUGAAGCUGCAGCAGCAGAACAUGCAUCUAGGCCCACCUCCUCUGGUGUUGCCCAUUAAACGCACUGAAGAUCCUGGAGGAAGUUCAGAGGAUGAUGGACUUCCUCACAGCCCUCCUGAAAUAUUGGGGCUACACAAGAACAUGCCAUACAAGUUUCUCAUUCCUCUCAGGAACCACAGCUCAUUGAGUUUAUGUGGAACAGGGAGUGAAGAAGAAGAGCAGUCCCCCUUGCAGCCUUCAUCCCAGCCGGUCUCACCUCGGCCAAUCAGCUCCUCGCCAGUUCCUGUAUCUCCGUCUGAGCCUUGCCCUGGGGUGGACUUUAACACCCUUCCCCAGUUUGUCCCCUGCCUGGACAAUUCUGCUGCACGGCACAGAAUGUCCAUUAAGCCUCGCAAUCAGAGAGCCAGUACUAAGAACAGAAGACUGCCCACCUCAGCUGGAUACAGACCUCGCUCAGAGAGCAUGAACAACCUGGAACGACCCCUCACAGAGAGUGAGCAAGAGGAAGGGGCUGCUGUUAUCAAGGAAAUGACCCGUGUCCGUUCCUACUCCUCACAGAUUAUUAGGUCAGGGGAGGGGCUUAGCACUCCUCCAAUCAAAAGCACACUUCCUGUUUCUCCCCUAAAAUCUAUGGUGGGUGCUGGAGAUGGAAGUGCAGCCCGGGCUAUAAGUCAUCCUGAAGGAAGCAUCUCAGCCACUAACACAUCCUUCCAGCACUAUGUCCCAAUGCAGCAGGCACCGGCCAGGGAAGCAGCAUCCGGCCUGAAGUCUGAGGCUGCCACUGCAGCUGUGGUGACAAAGCAGGUUCCUGGCUCAGCUGUUCCACCCCCUAAGAAAUGGAGUGGAGAGCUGAGAGAGACACCAUAUAGCUCAACAUUAAAGAGUGCUCAAGACAGCACUGUGCCACCUGUAGGUUCAGCAGUCUCAACAACACCUAUCAGUUCUGUGGGUUCUGAUCAGAAUCAGCCUCAAAGCGAAAAGAGAUCUUGUACCAUAUUAACUCAUGACAAGAGAGACACAUUAAACAAGAAUGUAAUAAUGCAAGAGGAUAAUGCCAGAGGCCUCUUCCCACCGGCUUCAUCUGGUGGCAUGCCUCUAAGGCCUCCUUCACUGCGAAGAAAUACAUCUCCCUUAGAUGAAAAAGUGGUGGCCAGGAAUCUUCAGCAGAUAUCUCCAGCACAUAUUCCUGGUCAGGUGGGCCAACUACAAAAGAAGUCUGCAGAUCAGCAAAGACCCAUCUCUGGAUCCUUCCGUUUUUCUGCCUCAUCUGAAAAAAGUAAUGAGAGGCACAGAACUGGAAGUUUCACUGGACUAGUGGGUCACACAGCAGCCAAGAGAGAACCUGCCCAAGAUCAGUUUGAGAGUGUGCUAGCACAAACCGCAAGGAAGGACCCAACACCUAUAACAGAAUACCAGAGAUAUGAAACGAGGUCUUCCAGCUCUUCAGCACUAACAAAGCCAAAAGACCCGACACCAACCAUCUCAUCUGCCGGCCGAGAACGAGGAGACAGCCGAGCAAGUGAUUCGCAGGAGACAGGGGUGGAGGCUACAGAGGAGGAGCUUCAGGAGGUAGUCGAGGAGGCUGUUGAGGCAAGUGAAGACCUGAAAGGAAAUGAAGCUAAUGAAGAGGCGAAGGAGGAAGAAGAAAAGAAUGCAUUUGGCGUAAAGUUGCGCACCACAUCUCUUUCUCUAAAGUUCCGCGCAGACAAGCCCCAAUCAGCUCCCAAAGUCAGCUCCAACCCACCUUGGCUGAUGGCGUCAACUACACCACCAGUUGAUGGGCAGAAGGACAGCAGUGUGGGCCAGUCUGGGCCUACAAGAGGAAAUAUGGCUGCGGCAGUGUCCAAAAAGGUCCAAAGUGCUGAGGGCCUAAUCUCUGACCAGGUCUCCAGCUCUCUACCUCAGAGUGUCAGCAGAGACAAAGAGAGAACUGCUCCCCCUAGAGUGGAUGAUUUUGGGACCCAAGCUCAGCACUCAUUCCACUUUGCUAAAAGCUCAAAGUUUGUGCAUCCUGUCCCAAAAGAGAACACACCAGUGUCCUCCACCUCAGAAGAAAGCACACUGGUGUCAUUUCCUACUAAAGUUUUUACUCCUGUCUGCUCAGCCGAGAGUAUACCUACCAUACCUACAACUGCAAAACAGCCACAGGACACUUCCUUCGAACUGUCUUGGAUGAGUAUGGCAAGAGAAAAGACCAGGAGCCUCCAGCAGAUGUUUACAAGCAGAUUGCCUGAUUUUUCCAGCCUGCAGACCACCACACGAUCAAUGAACAUGACUGCACCACCACCACAGACUCAGACAUCAACAUCUCAGCCCUCUGUAGGGCCAUUACAGAGUGUUCCCACUCAACCGUCUGAGACACAAGCACCUACCAGGGGAGCACAUUCAGCUCAACCUCCAGGCAUACAAUCUUCAAUCAGAUCAUCUGAGCCUACUGCACUUAAAUCAGGAGCAGCAGAUUUCUCCUUAAAGAAAACUGCCAGUCAAGCACAAACAGAGCAUAGUGUCAGAGCAGGACAACUGCUUGCAGCUACAUCAGUGCAGUCAACAGCACUGACAGCACACACUGCAAAACAUCAGUUAUCCCAGCCACUAAGCCAGGCACAAUAUCAGGCAUCACAAGGUACCACGCAGUCUAACCUGCGCUCAACUCAACCCACACAACUGCCAUCAAGCCCAAAAUUAACACCUCAUCAGACCUCUCAAGAUUCAGGUUCCUUACUUUUACAGUCCAGGGCUCAGAUGGGUGGGGGUGCAUCAUCCACAGCUUUAGUCAAAGCGAACUGGACACCAGUGCCCCAAGGGAAAGGGCCAGUAGAAAGCAACAGAGCACAGUGGGCAGGAGGGCUGGGGGGCAAAGCUUUUCUUGCUGAGCGAUGGGACCACCGAACACCUGAUACAGCUAAAGUAGAAGACCAGAAAUUUACACCUGAGUCCCGACCUGCUCCGCUGGCUGCAUUUAGAGCCACGUCCAGUCCAAGCAAAACCACAGAAUCAGCAGCUUCCUCUGUUGCUAUGAGGAUGGACCGAGAGGACAAAUGGCAGAAGAAAACGGUCCCACCAUCAUCAUCAUCACCUUCAUCCUCAUCCUCACCUCCCCAGUCCAUCAGCGAUAGUGGACAACCUUCCUGGAUGGAGCUGGCAAAGAGGAAAUCUCUAGCAUGGAGUGACAAGACGAUGGACUAAAGAAUUACAAAGUGGCAUAUAAGCAGAAGAUACUAGGCUAUUUAUGUUUCAGAAAAUGCUGGAAGGCAUUCUGAGCUGGCAAUCAAAAGAAGUGUGUUUGUGUGGGUGGUGUGGCGAGAGAGGAUGAAAGAAAGAAAUGUGAAGUGAGAUAAAAGGUGAAAGAGUCAAUGCAGGUAUAGGUAUAUAUAAAAAGGGCCUUAUAUCCCUCCCCGUAACAUUCACAGACUUUUCCUACUGUAUUCUAGAGGUUAUGUUCUCAGGUUUACUGCAUUUGAUUCAGUAGAAAUGAAGACUUUUUAUCUAUUUAUAAUAAAUUCAGAUUUAUUUAAGCAACGUUGUGAAUCACAGAAUCAUGAAGCUAUGCAUUAGAAGAGGUUAGGUGAAGACCUGUUGUUUGCAAUGUCUAUAAGAUAAGAUUAUAUACAAAAUAAAUCAGAGGAUAAUGCAAAUGCUUUGUAAUACAUUAUCUUAAAUAUAACUAUAUUGUAUAAUAAAGUUCACAUAUCGCAAAGUAAGUAUCUCAAAUAAUAUGUGUGCAUUGGUGUCUUGGUGUUCACCAAAAAAAAAAUCCUUCAAUAUUUUUGAUGACGCCACACAGCUUUUUUUUUAUUUUUAUAUUCUAAAAGCACUGCACCUAAAUAUCCAAUCCAUUGCCUUGUUGGCAAACCAAGUUUUUUUUGUUAAUUUCCAAAUAGAAAAACUACACCUUCAAGUGCAAAUACAUUUGGAUCUUAAGCAGUGGCUAAACCACUGAUAGAUUUAGUUUGAUACACUAUAGUCUACUUGCAAAUGUAAUUUUUUUGUGAAAAACAAGUAUGCCUAUUUUUUUCUAUUUUUAGUUUACUACAUAAUUACUACAUAAUGCUCCCCUAUAUUAUGUAAAAAUGUCUUAAUGAAUAGGUAAAUAGAAUAAACUCUUUUUAAAAGAGUUUUUCCAUUGAAAGUAAAAAUGUUUUAUGUCUCUCCUGUAAAGUUGCUGUUAUGGAGAUACUUGUUUUUUAUUGGACAGCAACGAUAUGCUGUAUACUUCUGUUCACUCAAAAAGAGGUCAAGGUUUAUUGCAGUAUAAAUCAUAAUUUAAUAUAAACUUAUUGUCCGUACACUUUGUUUAUAAUGACACCAUCGACAUUAUUAAGAUAUUAGCACUUGUUUUCAUAAUGGCCGGUUUCAUAUUCAUUUCCACAAAAUACACAAAAAGGGUAAGAGUAAUCAGAAACCAGAAAAAAAACAAUUAAUGCAACUGGCAAAAAAAAAUCACAAGGUACACAGAGGAAAGAAAAAUAAGCAUACCAAUAUUUUUCACAUGGCUGCACAUUUUUGUUGUCUUUUUGUUAGGGUCUCUAAUAUACUGGAAAUAAGUUAGGGGUCAAUUAUUUAAUGGGCCAGUCUGCCCUCUAGCGUCCAAACACAAAUUCUCACACAUUUUUUUUGUUCAUGUGCUGUGUGUUUUGUCCAUUUGUAAUACUUAUAUAUAGCUAACAACGCGUCUCAACGGUGAGUUAAUUAUUUUGUGGAGAAUACCUUUAAAAUAUUAACCUAUAAUUUUAACAACAAUCCUGCUUUAACAAAACUAGAAUUUGCUAUUUUUUAUUAAUGUCAAGUAACAAAUACAAACAGUAUAGAAGAAAUAAAAGUACACAUACAGUGGCUUGCAAAAGUAUUUAGACCCCUUUAACUUUUUUUCAUAUUUUGUGACAUUACAACCACAAACAUAAAUAUAUUUGUUGGAAUUUAAUGUGAAAGAUCAACACAAAGUGGUAUACAAUUGUGAAGUGGAAAGAAAAUAAUGCAUGAUUCAAACAUUUUUUAAAAAUAAAAAACUGAAAAGUG